GUGUGUAUGCCGGGACAAUAGAUGGCAGUAUAAUCCACGCGUACUUGGAGUGUUAUUUCCUGUGAGCGGUGAACCAGAAGAAGACGAAGAAGAAGAAGAAGAAGAAGAAGAAGAAGAAGAAGAAGAGAGCCGCCAGCUGCUAGUCAAGCUUGGAAUAUUUAUUUUUGAGACAUUUGAGCGUCACAUUUUAACUCUAUGACAGUUGUUUUGUUAAGACCCGAGGGAAAUGUCCAAUAAGAGGAAAGUCAUUGUAACAGGCUUUGAGCCUUUUGGAGAACACGCAGUAAACUCCAGCUGGGUGGCAGUGCAGAGUUUGGGAGAAAUCAUAAUAAUUAAAAAACAACACAACACAGGUCACAGAGUUCCCUUGCUUUGGACCCAUCAUGAACAUUGUGAGGUUGGAUGUUGGAUAUGGCUGAGAGUCAUACGAACAAAUAUCCUUAUGCUCUUUGAGGAAUUGGAACAAUUAGGACUGGGCGAGGCUGUAGAACUGUAUGUACGUGAGGUACCUGUCGAUUACCAGGCUGUUGAGAGGCUGCUGCCAUCACUGUGGAAAGAGCUGCAGCCACAGUUAGUAGUCCAUGUUGGUGUUUCUGGAUUAGCGACCACAGUCACUCUGGAGCAGUGCGGCCACAACAGGGGUUACAGACGCCUGGACAACUGCAGCUUCUGCCCAGCGUCUCAGUGCUGCAUGGAGAACGGAUCCGACUGUAUAGACUCAGUGCUGGACAUGGAGUUAGUCUGCAGAAGGGUCAACGACUCUGACAUUGGGGUGACCGUGUCUGUAUCUAAAGACGCUGGAAGGUAUCUGUGUGACUACACCUACUACACGUCUUUGUAUCUUGGGCGGGGCCACUCUGCCUUCGUCCAUGUGCCACCUUUAGGAAAACCCUACAGCAGCCGGGACCUGGGCCGAGCCCUUCAGGCUGUCGUACAGGAGAUGCUGAGCCUACUGGAGCUGGAUUGUACUGAGGAGGAGCGUAAAACACAAUGAGCUCUGCAAUCGUACGCAUCAACACGAGCAUGGCCUCUAAAAAAAAGUGACCCGUCUCACAACCUGGAGACUUUAAAAAAAACGGGACCACUGGGUUGUCGUCAUGAUUUAAUCAAUGCAACAUCCACAGUAUAGUUUCAGAUUGACUGAAGACCAGAUAUUAAUGCCAUAAAUUUACCAUGUGUUGUCAACUUGUGUCUGAACACCCUGACAACAGCUUCUGUUUUUGUCGUCAUUCUGUGCAAAUGUGGGUUUGAAUAUACUGUAUCUAUGAUGUCACCAGUGGAUAUUAGGUAGAUCUCAACUCAACAACCUUUUUGGGCAUUAUCAUUAUUAUUAUUAUUAUUAUUAUUACAUAAGGUAAAAACCUCACAAAGUUGUGUGUCUAUAACUGUAAGUUAUAUAGUGACACACUGUGUGUGGUAACAUCUGCACUUACUUUAACUUCUUACCAGUUUAUACCAGUCCUGUUGGUAUGAAUUCUUGGAGUUAGGUCAUUGUCACCUUUUAUAACAAGAGAAAUUAGAUCUAAUCCACAGUUAUCUUCACUUGUUUAUCUCAGGGAAUAUUAUAUUGCAUAUGCAAUCAGUAUUUGCAGUUGUAUUAACUCAUUGUGUCUGUGUGUGUAGUGUAACUUUGCAAAGCAGAGCUAUUUUGAAGCUCUGAAACACUAAAACACUUCACUGUAAUGCACUAAAGGUUUAAUUUGUUUGUCAUCUGAGCUCAAGUCCUGCAUAAAGUGAAAUUUUAUGUUUUUAAUAUAUGUUUUUAACCACUAAUACUGCUAAUUAAAUAGUUCUAGCAGCACAAUCCACAUGACCCAUCACUACAAAUCUAUAUUUAGAUCAAGAUACAACAGAAACAUGGCAAUUUGGAUAUAGCAUAUAGGUUGUGUUUGAGAGCUUUCUCCUUCUAGUGAAUAGAGAUAUCCUUUAUUUUAUUUUAUAUUUUGUUUAAUUGAGCUAAUUUGCCCCUUAAACACAACCUCCAGGCCUGGAGUGAUACUAUCAGCAAAGAAAAUAAUUGCAUAAUAAAUGUAACCACACCAAGUAACUAGUCAUAAAACAAACAUUGUUUAAAGGAAGAUGAAUUUGAUUUGACAUUUCCUUUUGUGUUUUUAUUGCGGUUUGAAAUGUCAAAAGUUGGUGGAAAAAAAAUGUGAAGUGAGUGAUCACUGAAGACACACCGGAUAAUGCAGUCUGUUGAGGAAUGUAUGCACUGCAUUAGCUGUGUGUGGUUCUUUAUUACGUUUCUGAUUCCUUUGUACCCGGGUGAGUUAUGAUAACACUGGGUGUUGUACAUCACAGUAAGACAGACCUGCUGAACUCGUUUUGAACUGAUAGUUCAGGGCAGGACAGAGAGAAGGAUCACGAUGUUGCUCCAACAUUAAAGGAGGUUUAACUGCAUUAAGCUAAAGAAGGAAGACUGAUCCCAAAAUGGAUAGUUCAAAUAUUUCACAUUGAACAAUUUUUAUCCAACUUUUUAAAUACAAGAGUAAAUCCAUUUCAUUAUGUCUCCAAACCUGUAGUGGAUUUAUAAGAACCUCAGAGCUGAACUACAUUUUCAGCAAAUGAUUAGAAAGUUCCAGUGGUGGACAUAAGAGAGAGAGAAUUUACAAUGUUAAUAUUCCAUACAACGAUCAAGAAAAAAAAAAGAUUUGUGGUUAUUAAUAGGUGUUAUCAAAAACACCUAUUCUGUGAAACAAAAUUUACUUUGUACUCAGGUUGAAUGUCAGAGCUUCCCAAACUUCAGAGCUUUGAGGUCUGUAAAAA